CGUGACACUGAGAGCCGAGUCGCGCGACCGCAUUGUCUGUGAACGGACAAAGAGCGACACAGUCAGCGUUAUCACUGAGCUCGAGCGUCGGCCAGGUUUACCGGACAGGUGCCAUGACAGCGGACAUUCUCUGCUCCAGGAUGAAGCCGAGUCUCCUCCGUCGCUUAAACCGCUGAGUCUCAGCGAGUUUGACCGUUUGAAAAACCUCCAUGUCCGGAUCUGAAAUCCGACCGUUUGGAGGGAUAACGACGUUAGCUGCGUUUUCACCAGCUCAGCAGGGUAAACAAAGCUGGGCAGCCUUUGUUUCACCUCUUUAUUUAGCUAACGGCUCCAGUUAGAACUUACAUUAACGGUUAAUGAUCAGCGCUAACGGUUGGUAGCAAUUAGCAUCGAGAUUUUUUUUUUUCAAGCCAACGUUAAUCUACUUGUCUUGUUUUACUGGCUGGAUGAGAUGUCAUUCACAAUGGAGGAUAACUUGGAGUCAGGAUGGGUGUCCGUCCGACCGAAAGUCUUCGACGAAAAAGAGAGGCAUAAAUUCGUUUUCAUCGUGGCCUGGAACGACAUCGAGGGAAAGUUCGCCAUAACCUGCCACAACAGAACCGUACAAAGACGGAGCACUCUCCUGGACCUCGACAGCGGCUCAUACGUCGCCGCGCAGCUCUCUACAGCGGGGGAAAAACGCACCAAAAGUCCCGUCAAAACAAAGACGGAUGAUCAAACGGGUAAAGUUAGACCACACUCCAUCCCUAAAGGAAAGCCCUCAACAAAGGCUGUGAAAGUGGGUGCUUCAAAGACAUCAGAGUGCAUUAGCACUACACUAGGCUCGUGGGAUAUUGUGACACCUAAAGUAAUAGAUAUGGAGAUCCUGGAUCCGGUGGAUGUGACGCUUUCUCCGGAUGAUUCAGACCCAGGAGACACCGACAGCAGUGUCCGUGAGGACUUCAGCUGGGCCGGGUUAUUCUCCUUCCAGGACCUGCGGGCAGUCCACCUCCAGCUCUGUGCCGUCAACUCUGACCUGGAGCCGUGUUUGCCCUCUUUCCCGGAGGAGCAGUCUGGCGUGUGGACGGUGCUUUUCGGUUCAGCUGGGGUGUCUCAGCGGGAGACAGACGCCCUGUGCUACCAGCUGCAGGUCUACCUGGGUCAUGCCCUGGACACCUGCGGCUGGAAGAUCCUCUCUCAGGUGCUUUUCAGCGAAGGAGACGACACGGAGGAGUACUACGAGAGCCUGAGUGAGCUGAGGCAGAAGGGUUACGAGGACGCUCUGGAGAGGGCCAAGAGACGCAUGCAAGAGGUGCUGGAUAAACACAAAGCCAUGGACAGCAUGGUGGAGCUGCUGCAGGUGUACCCAGAGGAGGACGAGGCGUAUGGAGAGCUGCUGGAGGCAACGACUCAGCUCUACCACUACCUGCUUCAGCCUUUCAGGGACAUGAGGGAGCUGGCAAUGCUGCGCAGACAGCAGAUUAAGAUCUCACUGGAGACGGAGCGCCUGGGUCCCCGCCGUGUUGACGGCCUGAGGAAAGAAGACGAGGAGUGGCAGAAGAAAGCUCACUCGGCCGUGCUCUCCAUUCAGGACCUGACUGUCAAGUUCUUUGAAACGACAACUCGGGCUCAGAAAGCUUUGUAUGAGCGGAUGCGAGCAGACCAGAGGAAGUUUGGAAAGUCGGCGUGGACGGCAGCGGUGGAGCGUAUGGAACGGCUGCAGUACGCCGUGUCCAAAGAAACACUACAGCUGAUGAGAGCAAAGGAAAUCUGCCUGGAGCAGAGGAAACACGGCCUGAAGGAGGAGAUGCAGAGCCUGCAGGGUGGGGAGGACGCCAUGCUGCGCCUGGACCAGCUGGAGGCGCUGUACUACGAGUUGCAGCUGCAGCUGUAUGACAUCCAGGCGGAGGUGCUGCGCUGUGAAGAGCUGCUGCUCACCGCUCAGCUUCAGAGUCUCCGCAGGCAGAUGACUGAGCGACAGGAUGAAGUUGUGUACUACGAUGCCUUUGAGAGUCCUGAUGCCAUGAAGGGUGACGAAGACCCCGCUACCCCUCCUUCCCCUCUCAGAGAUGAAGAACUCUGUAUCCUGCAGCAGAGGACGCGGCAGCUGGAGGCCAGAAGAGGACGCAUCACUGCCAAGAAAGUCUACCUCAAAAACAAGAAGGAAAUCUGUAUUGUAAAUCACAACCAGAAGUUACAACAGAGACAAGGUGAAGGUGAUUCCCCAAAGUCACUGCAGGUCGAAGAGACUGAGGAAGAUGAAGCAAAAAGAAAUGCCAGAGUGAGUCAGGAGAGGCAGAGGACUCUGGACAGACUUCGUAGCCUCAAACAGCGUUAUCCCGGUCAGAUGACCCUGAAGUCCAGCCGGCUGCGUCUGACUCAGCCCCACAGCCGGAGAAGAGGCGGUCAGCAGCCCAGCACCCAGACGACCAGCGUCCAGACCGACACCAUCUCCGACCUCCCAGAACUCUCUGCUCCUCCUCCCCCAGACGCCUGCGCCUGUGAAGGCGUUUCUUUACCCACUGUUCCUCUCCAAAGUCUGGACUCCUCACCACCCUUCCUCUCCCUGCCUCCACUCUCAUCACCUCCAUCUAUUCUGUCACUGGGUCCUCCCCCUCCUCCUCCUCCCCCUCCACCACCUCCCCCGCCUCCUCCACCCCCUUCUUUAGAGGACAAGCAGCUGCCGGGUGAGGAGAAACCCUCGGAGAGCCCGGUGAGGCUCCAUCCUCGGGAGUCUGAACCUUCGUCUCUGCCUUUAGCCCCUUUUUCUCCUCGAUUCUUCGACAGCAGUCAGCUGCUGACGGCGAGGAAGAAGCUGAGGAAGACGGCCUCACUGGACUCUUCACAGUGGAGGAGAGCGAGUUCCCCGAUGGACGAGGUCCUGGCCUCUCUCAAACGAGGAAGUUUCCACCUGAGAAAAGCCGAGCUCCGAGUCCUAGCCCCAGACCCGGACGACGACAGCAACAACAUCCUGGCUCAGAUCCGUCAGGGCGUCCGGCUGAGGAAGGUACGGACCCGACCGGAGCAGCAGCGUCACGCCAAGACCUUCCCUCACUCUGCCGACGCUCUGACCCGCAGCAUCCACGAAGCUCUUAGGAGAAUCAAAGAGGCUUCACCCGAGUCCGAGUCUGAAGAUGAAGGCCUCCCCUGCACUGACUGGGAAAACUAGUGUGGAAGUUUUUUUUAAAUGCUCAUCUUUUCCGGAUACGUGGAGCCAAAAUGAAGCGAAAAUGAAGGCUCAGACAGGUGGAAUCACCUGAACACAAACCUUUGAUUUUUUUAUAUCUGAAUACAGCCAGAAGUAUGUUUUUGAAAUACUUCUGCAUGUUUGUAAAGAUGGACCACUAAUCUUUUUUUAUGUCGUUGCUGUGGCAUUCUUGGCGAGGAUACAACCUCUAACCUCUCAUUAUGUCGGUCUACACGUCGAAGUCGUACUGUAGCUUGCUGUGAUGGGUUUGUUUUAGGAUGUGAGUGUUUUAGUGUUACGUCUCUCUCGCUUACAAUGACAGAGAAUCUUCACUGAUCAUUUAUGUGUGCUGUACACUUCUACAUUCAGCUGUGUUACAAAUAUGUGUACUCUGGGUUUCAAUGAAUCCAAGCAUGUAGGACAGGACAACUCGCAUUUCCGUCAAUGAAAAGUUCAACAUUCUGGGUAAAUUCAGCUGCUGGAUAUAGCUUCAGAUUGGGCACCAAAAAAAAAAAAACAAGAGGGUCAGCAAAUCAGCCAUGCAUUUUUAAGCAUUUUUACUGUUAGACUACAGAUAAACACAGAGGAAUAAUAACAUUAAGAGUGAAACAUGAUGGAGGAAUGAGUUUUAAAGAAAGAAUUUUAAAGUUAACGCAAUUUCUCAUCUGUUUUAGAAGUUUUUAUUCAUCUGUAGCCUCCAGAGAUGUGAUAUUUAAUAGGAAGACCUGAGUUUAAGAUACUGUGUUAAGACCCUUCAGAACCCAAUUUCAGCACUUUGAGCUAAAAAUCACUGAUAUUCUCUUAGCUAUAUUUUAAUUAAAUCUAUAAAUGACUCUAGUGGGCGAUUUGUGGGAACUGCCACCUCUUGGUGGCCGCCAUAACUACGGUGGCAACUCAAUUUCUGUGGUUUCCUGCUGACUGUGACAGCAGGGUGGAUAGUGGCAUUAAAAACAUCAGACAGCUGUUAAAGUUUCCUCAAACGUAUUUUUAGAUUUUACAUGUUAGAUGUGGUUUACAACGGGGCAGUGCUAGUCUUCCAUUGUUUUUCAGGUGAAAGUCCUCAUCACUGAGCUGAACAUCAUCAUUCAGUGGUUCAGUCAUAUCUUACUGUAUCCUGGCCUCCAAUUUCCACAUAAAACAGCUGCACCACAGUCCAGAUCAUACUGCGGAGCGAAUCACCCCCUCUUUUGAAUCGGAGCAGUUCCACUGUCUCAUCCUGCAGCAUGAGCAAAAGGUCAUUAGAAGGUCAGUGGGUCAAAGAGCUACUAUGGUGCCAUUGGCAUGGAAAAAUUAACUUCUGAAGUAAAGAGCCACAGAAUUUUACACUUCCUUUGUACCAAAAAUUAACAUUUUAACUUCAUAAUGUAUUCACCCUUGGUGAAGUAUUAAAAUCAUGAAAUCAUGUUGAAUUGAAUGGCAAAUUAAUCCCAACAAGGCAAAAUAACCCACUGUUUAAGUAAUAUUCCUGUGUGAACUUGCAGUUCCCUGCUAUCUCUGCCCUCUUGUCUCAUGCUGAUCAGAGUUGUGCAUCACUCUAGACAUGCUUCCAGUGUUUAAGUUCGCUUACCUUUGUUUGGAGCAAAACCGUGAUGCUACAGAGCGCGGUGCAGCUCGUGUAUAUGGAAAUAACUGGUGACACAGCCUCUGAAUAUCUUUAUCCCUAUUUUCUUGAUCAAAAUAGUGCUAAACAACGCUAUGCUACAAGAGUUAGCAGUUAGCAGUUGUUUUUAUUGGAUUAAAGAGCUUUGAGGCAGCAACGCAUAAGUCAUUAAGAACAACUACACUCACUGCUAGUGCCAUGACAGUUUAGACCAGUGGUUCGCAACUGGUCUUCUCCUAAAGGAGAAUUGAAACCCCAAUUUUGGGGAUUUUUUUGGUCAAUCAGAUGUAUUUAAUAAAAAUAGUAGAGCUUGGGCCUAAGACAGUACAAAAGGUGUAACAAAACAAUGAAACAGGACAAAACAUACAUGUUUUAGAGAGUCUCGUACACAAUUUGGUGCUUUUUUUCCUCCAGGCAAACAUCCACGACCCACUGAAAAGGGCGUCGCGGCCCACUUUUGGCUCUGACACACCACUUGAGAAACACUGGUUUAGACAGUAUUUAAGCAGGAUUGCAGGCUUUAACUUAUCAAAAAAUGUUAGUAAUUAGUUUUACAACUCUGAAUUUUGGUGCAGAUAACAAAAGUAUACACAUUUAACUUCUUGUCUUAAGCCAACUAAUCGCACAGAUCCCCUAGUUAGUAGAAUAAAAUUAAGUACAAGAUGAUUUCAUGGUUUACCUGUUAAAGGAGAAACUGACAUGUACUAAUCGCUCAGAGAGGUUACAUUAAUGAUAUUACUAUUGCUUUAUUUCUGAAGAUUGUCCCAGUCCUGUGUGCUGUUAGGAGAUCUGUAAAAAGUGAUCUUCAUGAUCGAAAGGCUUCCGAAUCGUAAACUUCUGUGUUUUUCCCAAAGUUAAAGUUAGUCACAAACAUUAGAGCAGCUGGGAACUCUAUAGGUUUCUGCUGAUGUAUUUUACAUUGUUGACUAGAGUAAAGUUAUAUAGAAAGUAAGAAAAAUGUUCACUUCUUUAAGCCAGCUGUCAUUUAUUCUUGUAAAUCUUCAAGUGAGAUGCUACCGCAGUUAUGGCGACCUGUUAACUUCUGUGUGUUUCCUGGAUUCAUCCACACACAGGCAUAAUAACUAUAUUUUAGCUUCAGUAAAACUUAGUAUCUUAAAUAUACUAAAUAUAGUGUCCAAGAGUUUAAAGGAAAUAAAGGUGCACGUUUUAAACAUAAUACUUUAUCUGUAGAUCACCCAAUAGCAUGGGAAUGUAAUUCCAAAUAUGAAGAGUUUAAUUCACCUAAAAGGAGUAAAAAGCCAUUUAUACUUAAACUGUAAUGACCUACAAGUCAGGAAAUGCUGACUAAGUUAAAAAACAUGAUGUAACUCACAAAGAUGCAGUUAUGAGAGUUUAUUUAUGGGAGGAUAUGAUCCAAAUAAAGUAUUUACCCACAGCCAAACAGGCUUUAAGAUGAGCUCAGCACAGCCGGGCUGGAAAUAUAAAACAAACGUCUGUAUUUGCUCCGUCACAGCUGUUCAAUCUCUGAGACAGGAUCCCUCUGAACUUUAAUUUUUAAAACUAAAAGAGUCACAGCAUAUAUGAUGGCACUAAAGCAACUAUUUCCAAAGAAUUACUAAGAAAACUGUUUUAAAAAUCACUGGAAACAGCUGUAGUUUUGAGAUCCGCGGUCAUAACAAACACAAGCUUUCUAGUAACGGCACCAUUUUGACCACGUCAGUAUUUGAGCCUAAUAUUUACUCACAUAUGUACUGUUUAUUUAUGAGCACAUUACAGAUAAGCCAUUACUUGAACCGAGUUUUGUUGUGAUUGGCUGAUUGUGCUUUGACUUUUUAGAUGGAAAUGAAUGGAUGAGUUAGUAUAAAGUUAUUGGGGGAGUCCAUCUUAUUUAUGUUGACCCCAGCUGUGGUUUUCUUCCAUUUUUUUACCUGAUCUAAACUACAGAUAGCAUACAACUAUAGCGGUAAUAGAAAAUGCAACAGCAGCAUAAUGUUUCCUGGCAGAUGAUACAAAUCUUUUUAAUGGAGCUCCUCUCUUUAGGAGCUGGGACUUUUCAGCAAGAAUUUUAUCUGCAACUUUGAGUCAUUUAAAGCAGAAAAAUCAGUUUAUUUUCUGUUUUUGUCAUUCCCAGAAUGAUGGUUUACUUAAUGUAGUUUUAUAUCAAAGUUGAUUGAAUGUUUGGUACUGGGGCUUUUAGUAUUACAAGCAACACAUUCAAAAACAUCUGUUGGGUCUUAAUCAACUGGGGAAACAAAAUGCAUAUUAAUUUAUCAUAAAAGCAGUUAGAGCAUAUUAAUGUGGUUUUAAGAUGACUCACCUAUUUUAAGAAAAAAAUACAUGCACAACAAACCCAGAUUAUUUGAAGCCCGUCUGCAGACAGUUGAAGUCUGAGGCAUCAGCGCCCUCUGCUGGUUACUGACAAAGCCUCCUGCUCUGAAACUGACAACAUUCAGAUCAUAUAGUGAUGUUUGUAUUUAUUUUUUAUGUUUAUUUCAUUAAUCUAAGGGAGUCCUCUCUCUUUCCACUGCCUUGGUUUUGUUUUUCCUUACUUAUUGGAGUCGUUUGAGUUUGUUGUGUGCGUGUGUGAUUUUAUACCAGUCUUUCAUUAUGUUUUAACUGUGUCAAACCUGAAAACUCACACUGACCCCUCUGUUUUUAACAAGUCAUGCACUGAUGGCUGAAGUUAAAGGAAUAGUUUGACAUUUUUGGAAGGUUUUUAUUUGCUUUACCUCUGAGAGUAUGAUGAGAAGAUGCAUACAAGUUUCUAGAACUAUCACCCGGCGAUUGCAUGCCUCUGUGAGGUCUGCAAUUGUCUGACAGUAAAGGUACAAUGUUGGGCCAAAAAGACAGGCAGGGCUGGUUUCUGUGGUGGUAUGAUUCAUAGACAUAUUUUAAGCAAGACAUGCACUUAAGGUUCAGUAACCCUGACAUUAGAUAGACAAGUGACAUUUGUAAAAAGUGUAAAUCUUUGAGCUAUCCCAUCCAAAGCAAGGGACAAAUGUAAGGAAAUAACUUUGACCUUUGACUUUCAAAGUCAUACCAGAUUAUCAUCGAGUCAGAGUGGAUAGUUCUGCAAAUUUUGGAAAAGAUAUGUCUAAAGGUUCUCGAGAUAUCACAUCAACAAAAUAAGUCUCCCUUGUUUAUGGUAUCUAUGCUAAGCUAAGCUACCAAACUGCUCACUGUAGCACUGUACAGAAUAGACAUGACUUAUCCGUCCUUGUGUUUUACACCUUCCAAAGGGGCAUAUUAUUUUCUUACUUAAUGAAAAAAAAAAAAAAACACAGUACAAGGUCAGAUUUUGGAGCCGGACCAUCAGUUUCCUUGUUUUUAGUAUAUAUACAAUAUAUGCUAAGCUAACAAAGCUAACUGUAGCAUCAAAUUUUAAAAAAUAGAUGUGAAGUAUCCAUCUUGUCAUCUUACGCUAAGCUUGUGGUUGCAAAUACUACUACAGAAGCAUGGGGGCAUAAUAAAAAAUAUCUGUGGUGGCAUUCGUCCCUUGUGUAUGCUAAUGUAUGCUACCAAACUGCUAGCUGUAGCAUCAUUCAGAAUAGACAUGUGGCAAUCAUUUUGUCUUGAUCUCCGCAAAAGUGCAUACAAUUCUCAUACUAAAUAAAAAAGUAUUUUAGGGUAAGAUUUUGAAGCUACACCAGCAGUUUCUCUCUUGUUUUUUUUUUUUUUAAAUUCAUGCUAAGCUAAGUUAAGCUAACAAAGCUAGCAGUAGCAUUGCAUUUUAUAAAACAGAUGUAAGGUAUCAAUCUUAUCUUCCUACUUAAAGCAAAAUGUUAGAAAUAGUUAUACUCUGGAGUAGAAGCAUUAAUAAAAAAGAUUUAUGCUGCCACUUUCUCCCUUGUCUAUGCUAAGCUAUGCUACCAAACUGCUAAUUGUAGCGUCAUACAGAAUAGACAUGUGGUACCAGCCUCUUGUCUUAUUCUCUGCAAAUGUACAAUUUUCUGGCUUAAUUUGAAAAAGUGUUUAAAGGUUAGACUCCUUGAAACCAGACCAGCAGUUGUUUCUAGUUUUUAUGCUAAGCUAAGCCGAGCUAAGCUAACACUGCUAGCUGUAGCAUUAUAUUGACAGUGUGGUCAUGUGAUGUAUCAAUCUUCUCAUCUUACUCUCACCUAAAGGAUGCAAAUACUUCCCAAAGUGUAAGACUUGUCCUGAAAUCAUGGAGUUACAGCUGUUAUUGAAACAUGUUGCUAAGUUUAAAAAUAUCUAGAUUCUGAACAUCUUGCAUGCAGUUUGACAACAUCUUCGCUCGGACUUUCAUCACGAGAUCAUAUUUGAUGUGAAACAUGUUUUUAGAGCUUGUAAAGUGUAAAUCUUGGCAGCAGAUGUUAAAGUCAGUGGCAGUAACUCCUUCAAUCUGCUUUUUUGGUUCUAUUUUUGGGUUCAAGAUACCGUUGUGCUGUUUUCUAACCUUUUUCUUUAACUUGUAGAAUCUGAACUGUGUAGAUUUCCUCUCACCGUUAACAAGACCAACUCUAACCUUUUAUGACCUUAUGCAUGUGACUGGUUUUAGGACGAACCCAUCACAACGUAAGUGCAAUAAUUGAGAAGAAAAAGUCAUUUUAUGAAUUAUUUUACUGUAAUGAAAUUGUAAAUCAUGAAAAAUAUAUCCGCAUGCCUAAAUGUAUUGAAGUAUUUAUUGAAACUUCAUAUUUUAAAUGAUUUUUAAAGCGUACAAAUGUAAAUGUACUUUUUAAGAUUUUUUUUUUUUUUUUGGCUUUUUGUUUCCUAUCAUGACAUUCCUCUUGGCUUUCUAUAUCCCUAUGAUAAAUAUAUUUUACCCUUUCAGAAAUAAAAUUACGCACC